AUGGGGAUCAUUAUCUUCGAUCCGAAGAUCAUUUAUUCGAUUAACAACAUUUUGACGUGGGGCGAAGAGCUUUUUGGAGCCCUGGUUUAUCUACAAGAGAAACACCAAAUCGUUCAUCGAGAUAUCAAGCCGGCAAACGUGUUUGUGACAAAAGAUUUUGUAUUGAAACUCGCCGAUUUCGGGUCUCUGAUCGAGACCGAACAGACUUGCACGGGCAAUCGACAAAUGUGCACUCUUCGUUUUAUGAGCCCACCCUAUAUUGAAAGAAAUGUUGAUGAAAAAGAGAAACGUGAACACAAAAACCUCACAUCUCCCCGAAACGAUGUUUAUCAAGUCGGUCUAGUUUUAUGGGAGCUCGUGGAGAGAAGACGAGUUUAUUCGGAGUAUGGGAUAUCGAAUUUCGAAGAUGAGAGAUUUAUCCUGGAUAUCGCUUUUAUGAGGCUUGAGAGACUGAAAGCGGCAAAUUGUGGUCGCAAUUUGAGAGAAAUCAUUCAAAGUUGCACCGAAUUCAACCCAGCCCUGAGGCGCAGUGCUCGUGAGCUCCAGAGUCGAUUGAUCAUCUUGAAGGAGGAAAUCAAAAGCUACGAGGAAGCCAAUAUGUAUCCACUUGUUGACGAGCAACAAAAAGAUCUCCUCCGACCGAUCGGCUUCAACAAUUUCACCGAGAAGGUGCCCGUUUACAACGAUUUGGAGGCUUUGCUUUCCAUUCCACCGAUCGAUCUGGGCACAAAUUGGUCGCUGGCUGAGGAAAAUUUUGAUUUAACCAAAAAUGAGUAUCAAAAUCAACAAAACAAUCAAUUAGCAGGUGUUCAAAACCUAGCGGAUCGUUUGGAGACUCGUUUCGAGAACCACUUCCGCCAUCUGAGAACAGAAUUGAAGUCAUUGGAUGAAACGAAACGAUCAGUUUUCUUCCAAACUCUACCAACGAUUAUCGAAGAAGCAAGGGCUAACUGUGAGAUACCAUUCGGUGGGCAGUAUUGCCCCAAAAUGAUCCAUAUCUUUGAUCAUCCGGAAGAUUUUGGAGACUACUUUAAAGCGAUACUCGUCAACGAUCACGACGAGAAACUCGACAAUCUCCAAAAUGUUUUCGUUUUCGAUGAAGCCUGGCAAGAAUCGUUCUUGCCGAGUUGGAACUAUGUACGAAUUUCAGCUAUUAUCGACAAUUUUUCCUUGUAUAAAGGAAACAUGCUUACGCCAAAGCUCUUCUUUCGUUCGUUCAUCUCUUUACGAACUGCUGACGAAUGGUUUCUUGUCAGUGAAAGCGAGCAACUUUUUGUGAAAGCCGAUUUUAGUAGACAAGAAAAAGCCGAAAAUUGGUCAGUCGAAAGUAAAGAAGUUGUAUUUUCCACUGGAGAGGAACUUGUUUUUGAAUCAAUUCGAUCGAUGAACAUCGCCGAUGUUGUCCAGACUCUAGAACAGACCAGAAGCCGGUUCAUUUCUCAAAUUCAAACAAAAAUGUCUCGUUAUGUCCCACUGGACUCGUCAGAUUUGAAAAACAAACAACUUUCCAACUCGAAAAUCGCGAUCAAUGCCCAGAUUCCAGGAUACGUUUGUCAGCUGAGAAAUCCUCCACGUCAACAGUGUCUUCAUCAAAAGAAAUGCUCAGUGAAAUAUCUAAAUCCAUAUCCUCUCCAUCACCAAAAUAGUCUCUCUGGAACGAUUAGUGAAAAAUUUAUGAUCCCCUAUUAUGAAUGUGCUUCUAAAGAAGAACAAGACUAUCUAUCCGAGUGGCUUUGGCUUUGUGAUGAGUUAGGUUUAAAAAAGGAAAGCUAUGCUCAAUUCGAAAGCUAUGCUCAAUUCGAAAGCUAUGCUCAAUUCGAGAAAACCGAGGCUUCCGAAUUAGUCAAAUUUGGCAACUCGUUCUACUUUCGAGAAUUUCUGAACGAAAAUCAUUAUUACAUCCUCCUCGAUCACCCAGAAAACUACGAGAAUCACGAGAAAGUUCCUUGUUUUGAUGGCGAUUUUAAAACACAUUUAUUUUCGGCUGAUCUUAUUCGAAAAUCGAUGAAUGAAAUGAAAAAAGAAGAGCAGAAAUUUCUAAAAAUUACCAGAAUUGAGGAGUCUGAUUUCCUCGUCGUUCGAUAUGUCACUCAAGUGCUCGAUUUUGAGGGAAAGGAAGUGCCGUUUGACGAUAAAUAUGUGAAAGAAUCCGAGUUUUUGAGACGUCGACCUCGAAAAAGUCGUUUCGAGUCAAGUACAUUUGUUAAAGAUGAUAUCAGUUCACUGGAUUAUCUCACUCGAUUGCGACUCUCGAAGAAGACAGAAACGCUAAAUGGCAAGGUCCAUCUGGCGCCCGGAAAUCACGAAUCAAUGAUGUCCGAGGAAAAUCUGCUAACCGUUCGCGAUCAGAUUCUCCAAAUCGCGAACAUUGAG